AUGACUGCUGCCUGGAAAGCCGCCGGUUUGACCUACAACCGCUACCUGGCCAUCGCCGCCCGCACGGUGCGCCGCUCCUUGAAGGAAGCCCCUCGUCUCGCCUCUGAGCGCCGCGGAGUCAUGGACCUCCGUUUCGCCAAGUGGGAUAACGGCAAGCAGGGUGAAGUGAAGUCUCUCGCCCAAGCCAACAACGAGGCCAUCGCCAAGGCUGCUGAGAAAUAA